GUGACUAAAUGGGCCUUGGCUUGCCCGGUUUGGAUCAGACACAUGUAAACUGUAACCAGUAAUAUUUCAUUAAAAAAUGGCAUCCGAUUCAGAUUUAAGGAAAGUUGAAGUAGACGUUCGCUAUGGGUACCUAAUGAUGCUCUCAACCAUAAUUAUUUUUCAUUCUUUGAAUAAGUUUGUAUCACAAUGUGUAAAAACUCCGCAGAGUGUCAGAGACGAUCCAUGGCGAUGGAGGAAUUUAGUUAUAUCAUGGAUUCACGGAAUGAUAUGUGGCACAUGGAAUGUAUUGUGUUUCGUUCUGUAUCCAGAAAUCUUUGAUGACCUAAUUGAACACAUCAACUAUUUCACCUAUAUGAUGAUAGCUUUCUCUACAGGGUAUUUCAUUUAUGAUUCAAUUGAUAUGUACCUAAACAACAGACUUUUAAUUAACUGGGAGGUCACACUACACCAUAUAGCAGUAACUUCAAUGUUCUGGUGGAAUGUUCAUCAAGCUUCAUGUAUUGGAUACAACUGUGUGGCCUUGAUGGCAGAAAUAAACAGUUUUUUCCUCCAUUCUCGAAAACUCCUUCAGAUGUCGAAGAUAGGAUUCAAUCACUGGUUCUAUAAACUUGUUACGUAUCUGAACUUAUUUACCUUUGUGAGCUGUCGUGGGUUCUCCGUUUGUAGAAUAUUAUAUGGAAUGUACAUAGAGCCCAGUCGAGUACCCUUUAUCUUUUACUGUUGUCUUUCAUUAUCCAUGUUUGUCAUGUCGGUAAUUAAUGUGGUUUUAUUUUGGCGAUUGUUUAAAAGUGAUAUAUUAAAACCACAGAAACCACAACUCAAGUUGAAUGGUAAUCACAAUAGCUUUUACAGAAAAGAUGAGUGAAAUAUGUCAUAUAAGUUGCGUAUUUCUGUUUAAUUUCUUCAUUCUGAAUCUUGAAAUUGCCAUGUUAAAGCAUUGUAAAGGAUACAAGGCUUGUAAUUUCAUCCACUUUCUUGUGUAUAAGAAUGUUUCUUACAGAGCAUAGUUUAUUUUCAAGCUUAUUACAACAUAUGUGCUAUUCAGUACUGAGCAGCUGAGAUAUUAAAACAAGUCGUUUUUUCGACUGAUUUUCGUGUCACUGUGCUUAGUAGACAGAUAAAGACUUAAACCUCCUGACACUAGGCAGGCAUAUGUAAUGAUACAUGUAUGUUGUUACUGAAAUCUUAAAUCAGCUGUUUUUCUUCAUGGAAUUGACUGGUUAAUUUCCAAAGGUGCUGUCAUUAAACAUUUUGCUAUAUAUACAGUAUUUCCAAUUUUUUUUUUUAUAAAUCUGAAAAUUUAUGAAUCUCUUGUUCCAAACUGAUUUUAUUGUCCAUAUUCAUAUUCUUUAGAUUGAUUAUUUUAUUUGGGUCCA